GCCGGGCUAGUCGACCGCCGCGCCCCGCCGAUCCGUGAUGUAAACAAUGCACAUUCCUGCCGCGAUAAUAGUGCUCAUAGAGAUCAUAGUCCAGUGUACAAUAUGCCUUGCUAUUCGAGUGCCAGUGGACUGGGACGCUAGUGAAGUGAAACCAGUUAAGCUUGAGGAUAAACCCGCUCCCAAUGACUACUUCCAAUACACGGCUAACAAGCCGCAGUUCGCAGUAGACGUUGCUAAAUUCCACGAUGUCAAGUCACCGGAGAAGCACUACGAGUCCUACCCCGUUCAACCGCACACGGGCCUAACCAAACCAGCAUUUGGCAAACAUCAAAUGCUGGAUAGUGCGAAUCAAAACUAUAAACCAUACCAACAAUAUGUUCAGCAAGACAACAAUCGACAUGUGAGCCCAGUAUCGAAUUAUUAUGAAGUGUAUCACCCUUAUAAGGAAGAAAUACCCGCGCUGCAAGCAAUAUAUAAAGAUCCUGUAUUAAAUAAAAUAAGAAAUGAUGUGCGGGAUUCUAAGAAUCGUUUACAACAAUAUGAGCACGAUGCUGGAGAAUCAGAUGUACAAAAGGAUGAAUAUUUAGAGAGUCCUGAAGCUACGGAUAAGAAGAGGUUUCCCAUUCGAAAUAAGCCUGUAAGAUAUGAAGUCCAUAGGCCUCAAAGAAGACCGAUAUAUUAUCAACCGAUCCCAAUAACGAAUCAACGAGAACAUCACUUAAAUCAAAAACUGAAACAUCCAUGGAACCAAAAUUAUGCGAAGGUUACUCCAAUGCACUACCGACCUUUAAAACAUCACUUACAUCGAUUAAGACAACAACACGCUAUGACCUAUGAUGAUGAACGCAACGAAUAUCCACAAAUAAUACCACCAGAACAAUAUGCUGAGAAACCUGAUGGUUACGAUAUAUUUGAGAAAGGGAAGGACAAUUAUAAUAAAAUAAGGAAUAAUUUUGAUGAAUCUAUAAAUAAAGCUGUUUUAAAAAACAGACCCACGGAUAAGCAAAAUUUAGAGUUUAAGCAAGAAAAUGAAGAAAAUAAAGCGCAAGAUGAAGAGGAGUUUGUUCCAAUAAAAAACUAUGCUCAAGUACGCAAAACCGAAACAUAUAAACAUCUUCCCAAGUCUGCAGCUUUCCGAGAUGCACAAAAUUUAGAAGAAUAUCAAAAUGCUCCCAGAUUAAGGGAGGCGAUAAAAAGUAGUAAAAAUCAAGUCGUUUAUUCUGAGGAAGGUUAUGAAGAUUCCGCAUAUGAUCAUGGUGGUGAACAGAAACAUGCAUCAGACCAUGAAGGACAUGGUGGAUUUUUGAAAGAAAAGGAAAGCAGCAAAGGCAAAUAUAAAAUCCCCACCAUUGACAUCGGUUUUGUUGAUGAAGGAAAAACAGCUUCAAGAGAACAAGUGGAACAUGGAGAAAAAUGGAAUGAUGAAAAAACUGGCAGUCAAGAUGAAAAUGAAACUGAAGACUAUUCUGAAGACGAAAAUGACUUUGAUGUAGAAACUGAUAGUGAAGAUAUUACUUCCGCUGAAUACAAUGAGAGAAAUAAACGAGAAGAUAGCAAUAAUCAGACCAACUUAAGAGAAAAUAGCUCUGAAAAUAUUAAUGAUGAAAGUAAAGUAGAACACGAGGUUGCAAAAAGAGAAAUUAAUUUAAAUGUUACUGAACCUAAUUUGAAGUUGAGUUUACCUGAAAAAGAAAUAAAGCGAAAAAUUUUGGUUGAUAAAUAUAAAAGCAAGUUAAAGAAAAAAUAUCCGUACUAUUUCAAAGACUCAAAAAUACUUAACAAGAAUUCUCCGUUGCGUUAUGCAGAAAAUUUAAAACUAAUGCCACAGAAAAUCAACAGUGACACUGCAUUUUACAAUUCUAGGAUUGCUCUUGAAUGCCCUGACGUUGAAACGGAAAUUAAUCCUGUACCCGAAAAAUUUGAAAAAGACAAAGUUUCCAACUCAGAUGACAGUGAAGAUGAUGAUGAUGAUGAAGAAGAAGAGAACGAUAAAGGAGAAGAGGAAUUUAAAAACUUUAAAAAUAAACAAAGACUGAAGGGGCUUGGUGAUAAAAUUGACUGCUUGAAGGCUAAGUACUUUGGAGAGGACCCGUUGGAUAGUCCCUUUUUCAAAGAAGAUAUAAUUAAUAAUCCAUUGCCACCUUCAAAACCCAAUUCUAAAAUAUUUACUUUACCUAAUAGCAACUUGCAGCAACAUACAAAAAAUAAUUUAAAUAAUUCCAAUGAACCAAACCUCGAUAUAUUAAGCUUACUAAAUAAACUAUAUGAUAACAAUACAUUUAAAAACAAUAUAACUGAAAAUAUUUCAAGUAAAAAUGAAUCAACAGGGUUAAAGUAUGAUCACCAUGUUAAUAAAGAAAGUGUUACAAAAAUGCCACAUACAUUGAGAAAUAAGAGAUCUGCAACGUUUAUGUACGAACCAUAUAAAGUAAUAAAAGAGAGUCAAUCACAAGAUUCAAAAAAACUAACAACGAAUGGAAAUGUGAGUCCACUCAUAAAAAAACUUCAAACAAGACAGAUCAUUGAGAAGGCAGGUUCAAAUAAUCAAAAGCAGUACAAAGAUAUUGGUAAAAACGACAGACCAGCCAAUCCACAAGAAACAACAUUUGUUGAUGUCAGUGUUGACCAAAGAAGAGGCGAACCAAGAUAUGAAUUAGAUCUAGGGAAUCAUAAAUCUGUUUAUAGCCCCGUCGAAAAUAGAUCAUCGAUUUCAGUUGAUGAUUAUAAAAAAAAGAUUUCGAAUGUAAAUAAUUCAGAUAAAUAUAUGGAAUCAAAUAAUAAAGAAGUAACUAAUAGACCUUACUUUGAUGUUUCUAAAUAUCUACCGCAAACCAUAGUAACACAAAACAUAGCAGCCAGCAAUAAAGUUGAAAAAGUUGUUCGUUCAUCAACUUCUAAACCUCAGACAGAAAAUGACGAAAAUGAUGAAGACGAUGAUUAUGAGGAAUAUGAUGAAGAAGAGGAUGAAGAUGAAGUUACAACAACAACUACAACAAAAAAGCCUACUAAAAUAAGGAUACGAUUAACGACUACUGUUAAACCAGAUGUAAAUGAACAGUCCGAAACACCCAAAUUACGCCUUAUCACCCGCUUUCAUACAACGAGUACAACUGAAAAGCCUAUUGAAAAGAUGAAUGAUGAUAAAUAUCAUAACAGAGAUGAUAAUACAAGAUCUCCAAAAUAUAGAGAGAAGAAAAAGAAGAGCACUAAAAGUACUCUAGUUACAGACACAGAAUCAUACGGCGAUGAUGAUGAUGAUAUGAGAGAAAAGGAAAUCGACGCCAUGAUAGGAGUGCAACACGAUAUGGAUGAGUAUAGACCGAUGUAUGAAAAGGAAGAAAAACGGAAGUUAUCUUCUAGACAACAUAAAAACGAUAGCGAUGAAAAUGAGCAUGAUCAUCAUGAUGAAGAUGAUGAUGAUGACGAUGAAGAUGAAGAUGAGGAGGAUGACGACGAUGAUGAUGAUGAUGAAGAGGAUGAAGAAGUUGACGAAAAAACUAACCAUCAUGAAGAUAAACAUUAUAAGGAGAAAGAAAGAGUCAGUACAUCAAAUGAAAAAGUAAAAGUAGAAACAACCACAUCGGAGCCUACAAAAAGGACUCUUUUGCGAACAACAGAACCCACAGCAACUACUGAAGUACUUAAUAAAAUGAAUGAGCAACGACCAACAAUUUUUAGGAAAAAAAUUGAAAUUCAUAAAGAAUUACCGGUCGAUAAGAAAUCACCUCAUGUUACCCAUUUCAAACAAGACAUAAAGGAAGUUGAAGUCGUAAAAGAGAUGGAAGAACCAAAGAAAAAAGUUUUAAAGAAUUUAGAAGCUUUAGAAUUGUAUAGAGAUGAUAACCUGGCUAAAGACAUUAACCAAUUAGGUGGUGUUGAAAUAUUUAGAGACGACAUAGACCUUGAAAGCGGUCCACGACAUGGUGGAAAUUAUAGAAGUAUCAAACCAGAAGAAUUACGUCAAGAAAAUGAAAGUUCAAAUGUUGAUGUUGAAGCCUCUCAAAGUGAAACUAAAAGCACUGUUCAGGUCGAACCGGCAACAGCCAGACCAAGAUUAAGGAGCGAUGUGAUUAGAUCGAGAAAUGUGCGAAAUAGAAAUGCCAAAAUAAUCGACAGGAGUGGACCAAAACCAGAAACCACGACAAUUAGUACACGCGAAGAAAACUUAAGAAAAUUACGACGAAAUCGAAAUGAGAAUGCAAAAAGUGCGAAGCUAAUUGAAUUCCAAGAUGAAAAUGUAGAAGAUCAUCCAAGGAGUAUGCAUGGUGGGAAUUUUAGAACAUAUAACACGAGAAAUAAUAACAGACCGAUGCAUGGAGGAAACUAUAGAAGUGCUAAAAUAGUACAAGCCCCAACAACGACAUCUACUACUACUAGUACAACUACAGUAAGACCAACGCCAACGAGAAAUCGAAAUAACGAAGCCGAACUAUUGAACACUUUCGCUCGCGUAGUUCCUGAACUAACAACACCUCCUGCUUUCAUAUUGGAUCCUAGUAAACGACAAUAUUAUUAUGUUGAUUAAUUGUUAAAAUGUAUAGAAGAUUAACGUGCCAAAAUUGUCGCUAACUCCCUCAACGACAUUAAAUAUGUAAAAAAAAUUAUCGACUGUUAUAAUUAUUGUGUAUUUUAUCAAAGUAUUAUUAUUAAUUUCUGUGAUAAAAAUUGUUUA